CUUUUCUCAAUGGCAGAUUCUGCUCCUCAAAAUGGCCCUCAGGGUGGGGCAGUGCAGUUUUUAUUGGCGAAUAAACUGGAUACAGCCAUGUGGCUGUCUCGCUUAUUUACAGUUUAUUGUUCAGUGUUGUUUAUCCUCCCCUUUCUUGGAACACAGGAAGCAGCAAAUUUUUACCAGCGUGCCUUACUGGCAAAUGCUUUAACCAGUGCUCUUCGGUUACACCAGAGAUUACCUCGCUUUCAGCUAAGCCGAGCAUUCUUAGCACAGGCAUUACUGGAGGAUAGCUGUCACUACUUGCUCUUUUCUCUCAUCUUUGUCAAUUCUUCUCCAGUUACAUUAAGUAUUUUUCCAGUGUUCCUGUUUUCUUUGCUCCAUGCGACCACAUAUACGAAAAAGGUGCUUGAUGCAAUUGGUCCUAAUAGUCUGGCCUUACUGAGAAUGCUUUUGGAAAAAAUUAAUGUUAAUCAGCUGAAUAUUUUGAAAUUUAUUGCUUGCAAUGAAAUUUUUCUGAUGCCAGCUACCGUUUUCAUGCUUCUCAGUGGACAAGGCAGCUUGCUGCAGCCUUUCAUUUACUACAGAUUCUUGACUCUUCGUUAUUCUUCUCGGAGAAAUCCAUACUGCCGUACACUAUUUUCAGAACUACGAAUCCUUGUGGAACAUCUCAUUAUGAAACCUGCAUGCCCUAGCCUUGUCAGAAGACUGUGCCUUAGCACCAUUGCUUUUAUAAGUCGUUUGGCACCAACAGUUGCAUAAGAUAUUGAACUGCAAAAGAAAUUAAAAAAAAACUUUGAGGUUUCACAGCAGUUGGUUAUUUCUGCUCUGAUUUUUCAAGACCCAGAACUGUUUCACAAUGCACUGAAUUUCUAGUUGCGUAGAAGGCGCAUAUGUUGCCUGUCUUCCCCCUCCCUCUGAAGGAACAAUGUGUAGUGCACAGCAAAGGUGUUUUUUAAUUUCAUUUUACAGAGGUCCAUGAACUAUAUUUAAUUGUGGCUGUCUAGAAAGUACUGCUGUUUAAUUAAUCCUUCAUCUUGCAUAAUGUGGCACAGAGAAGUUAUUCCUGUUAACUUUGAAUUUGUGUAACAUUUAUUGAUAUAGAUAAACUAGCAGUUGGACUGAGUCUUUUUGCUAAUGCUCAUACCGUUUCUUCUAAUAAUUGACAUUGCCCCUCAUAGAGCUGCAUAUUCUCCCAUACAUUGUGUCAGCAUUGUAUUUUAUGGUAGCCUUCUUGCUUCAAAAACUGCAUUCUGUAAUUGUCUACUUUCUUGUGUAUGUAGCAGAUUCUGAGAAUACUAUCAUGAGUUCUACAAACUGCUUCUCUCAUUUGCCUGUGCAGCUUAUUGUUACAUAUGUAAUCUGUUUAUAGAUGUUUACCUUUAGUUGGUGGAACAUCAUUUCUUACCCACCACUCAUUUGCUGUAGUGAUAGAAAUUACAUUGGAUAUCUUCAGACUAAAUGACGUGACUGGAAUCACAUAUGUCCUAGUCUAGCUGCCUGUUAUCCAUUUCACUUUAUAUAUCCACGUUUCUCAGACAUUGUGUCAGACAAAGUAUAAUUUUUCUUUCUUUUGAAAUUUGCUUCACAUCAGAUUUGUACAUCUUGUAUAUUCAGAGUUGCAAAUUAUGUGUGCUUUUUAAAUGUUGACCUUUUUAUCCUUUCUGGAAUGACUGAAGUAUAUGUACAGAUUUUUUUGUCUUUUAGUUUUGAGAAAGCAGUGCUUUGUGGUUUUACCAUGUAAACAUGGUCAACACAGCAUUAGUACAUUUAGGGCACCAUCAUGUCCCGCAGCAAGUUGUUCACAUACACAGUAUAUUUCUCUGAACAUAAACUUUGUUUGCAACAUGUUUUACUUUUAAAGAGAAGAGAAAAUCGGCCAGUGAGGAGCGUCAGCCGUAGAACAAUGUUGUGGCCUUUAGAAAAACUGCUUUCAGAAAUGUACAAUGAAGUACUUAAAUUUAAACUGCUUUGCCAUGGGAUUCAACAGUAGUGUUUUUUUUUUUUUUGCUCAUAAUUAAAAUAAUUGUUAAUAUAUAUAGAAUUUAUUUGUUAGUAAGAAUAGCAACAGGUAGUAAAAUACUCUGUUAGAGUGCAUCCUGUAAGACUUGAAGGAAUCUGUACUAUUUGUAAACUGUAUUUAAAAUAUUUGAGGUCCAAGAUGAAAUGCAAAAUGUAUGUUUUGAAAUGACGAUUGUGUUUCCAAAGACUUUAUCAUUUUCAGUACAGGCAUAUGCCUGACAACACUGAAAAUACAUAAGCAGUUCUCUACAGCUGUACUAGAAAAUAUUUUGAAUCUGGAUCAUUCCAUCACAGGGAAACUAGUGCAUUUUAUGCAAGUAUACAUAUUUUGAAAAAUUAGAUAAUCUUUAUAAAGGUUAAAGAUGAAAAGAAAUGUAAUGUUAUAGUCAUAUAAUUUCUGUUUAUGAAAGAACUGGGUAAGAGAUUCACAGAAAAUGUGAUUUUAUCGUAAGAGGUGGCUUUAUAUAAAAACAGGGACAUUGGAUUUAGACUGUGCUUAGUAUUAAAUGAGGUUCAUAACUAUGUUGAAAUGCUGUCCUGUAUAAUUUCCUUAAAUGUAUUUCCACAGUUUUUAUGUUUCAUUAAUUUGGUCCUCAAAAUUUUUAUGCAUGGGUAGGUGAAGAUGCACUGUACACCAAUCAUUCUGAAGCUACUGUGUAAUGCAGCACUCUUAAAACAGUAUCUUUGAUGCGUGUUUUUUUCAGUAAAUUCUUGAUCAUUUUUUUUUUUUUUUUUUUUACAGUUGCCUUUUGCCUAGAACUGUGAACUUCAGGUACAGAUGUGGCAUAUGUUAAAAAGAAAUAAAUUUUAAUUCACCCAGGUU